AUGACUUCUUUGUCAAAAUACGUCACUCCUACAUCUCAACCCCAAGAGCUAGCUCAAGCAGCGUUACAUGUGAGUUUAGUCAAGGCUAUCUACGCAAAAGCAUACGUGAAUAAGGUUUGCAAACAACUCCAACAAACAAAGGCUAAAGAUUAUCAAGUGGUGAAAAGUUGUUUAGAUCAAAUCUCAGAUGGUGUAUCCUUACUUUCCAACUCAGUCCAAGAGCUUCACCAUUUGAAUUUAGAUAAGGAAAGUGAUUUUAUGUGGCAUAGGAGUAAUGUUCAAACUUGGCUUAGCACAGUAUUGACUGAUGCUUUCACAUGCAUGGAUGGAAUAUCUGGCUACAAAAUAUUGGGUGGUAAAGUAAAGGCUACAAUUAAAGCUAAAGUUCUUAAUGUUGCACAAGUUACUAGCAAUGCUUUAGCUUUGUUUAAUGGAUAUGCCGUUAGGCAUAAAGUUUCUCAUCACUCUAGCUCUGGCCUUCUUCGCGUUCGCGAAGGGCCUGCCGUGCUCGCGAAGGGUAGAGGCCAAGAAGGCCUGCGAGUUCGCGAAAGGUUGCACGCGUUCGUGAUGAUCUGUCCCCCUAUCCAUCGCGUUCACGAGCCUUGGCUCGCGUUCGCGUAG